AUGGAAAGUCACGCGAUAAAAGGAGUUGAUCAAUCACGAGCUCAAUGGUACUGGAAAUCAAAUUCCGAUUCAUGGUCAACAAAUGGAAAUGAAGAAUGGACAAAAUAUGCUGAUAUCGAAUCAGCGAUUAUCGAAGAAGCAUUUAAUCGACAGAAUAAAACCAAACUAGCUGAACUGGAUAAUUAUUCGAUUAACUUAACCCAUUGCAUUCAAAUCAGUAAAUCGAAUCCAAAUGAACAACGUCAUAUAAAACGGGCUCUAACUAGUAGAAAUGAAAGUCAAGCUUUAAGAGAAGAAAGACUCUUUCUCCCACUAGCACUGAGUAAAACGUUCAAUAAUGACCGGGCUCCAUCAUGGUUGACUCAGGAAGUGGUCACCUCGUCAUCGUCCGAUGAGCAUUGUGGUGACGAAAUUGAAGUGUCAGCUGGUACCAACAGCUAG